GAGAGGGGGAGCAGGACCUCUUUUGUCAGGGUUUCUCCAGAAGUAGACUUUGCCAUCGGCAUUGUCUUUUUUGUCUUGGUUGAAAUUCUUGAUUUUAAGUUACUUUAUUUCUGUAGACAACUUGUCCUGGAGCGCUUGAUGAAUGUGGGCGUGGCUCACAGUGAGGUAAACCCCAACACGAGGGUGAUGAACAGCAGAGGGAUCUGGCUGGCCUACCUGUUGUUGGUCACCGUGCUGCACGUCGUCCUGUUGAGCAUCCCUGUCCUCACGGUGCCUCUUGUCUGGACCCUCACAAAUGUCAUCCAUAAUUUGGUGAUGUACUUAUUUCUGCACACGGUAAAGGGCACUCCUUUUGAGACACCGGACCAGGGCAAAGCUCGCCUACUCACACACUGGGAACAGAUGGACUACGGCAUUCAGUUUACAUCCUCACGCAAAUUCCUCACCAUCUCACCCAUUGUGCUGUAUAUUCUUGCCAGUUUCUACACCAAGUACGAUGCCACACAUUUCCUGGUCAAUACAGGCUCUCUCCUCAGCGUCCUCCUUCCAAAGCUGCCCCUGUUCCAUGGAGUACGAAUAUUUGGGAUCAAUAGGUAUUGACUAACACAGGUGGAUAAUAUCAGAUUUAUAUUCUAUUUAUGUGUACUUUACUUGUGAGGUCCAGAGGCGGAAGUGAAUAAGAAAUGUUUGGUAACUUUAUGAGCUGUUUGAAGGGCAUUGUUGUUUUUAUUGCACAGUUCAUUUUCGCUCUGUGACUAAAAACAAAGAACCAAAAUGCACUGAACGCCAAGCUAUAUGAUUAAGAGUUACUGAGUGCCUCUGCUUUAUUUCAUUUAAUUUAUUUUCGUUAUAUGACAUUCAUGAUGUAUGUGUGCAAUGUGCUUGUAUCCUCAAACCAUUACUUUCUCUUUUUGUCAGAUGACAUGUAUUUGACGUUGGUUUCUAGAAAGAGCUAUAUUGUGAACGUCAUCACCUUCAAACCUAAGUCUUUAUAGGAUGACUUGUAUAUGUCCACACAUUGGAAUGUGUGAUUACAUAGUUUAGGAUAGUGGCAUCUAUAUAAAUCUAAUGUUGGAUGUCAUACAAAUUGAAUGUUGCCAGUCUUUGCAGUGCCUUAAAUGUUUCACUUGGCUGAUACAUUUUUUCCAUUUAGUUUGGUAACAAUCAAUCCAUGUGAUGACACUUAUUGGAGGUCAAUGUCCAUGUGAGCAUUCUCAAUAAAUUAUAGUGUCUAAUAAUAAACUUUCAAUAUCAGGA